AUGUGUUAUAUUUGCUGUGUGUGACUGUUGGUUCUGUGUUUUGCACCCUGGCCCCAGAGGAACUGUGUUUUGUUUGAAUGUGUUCAUUUGUCUGGUUGAAUGACAAUUAAACCUGAACUUUGAACUUAAGCCUCUCUUUAGGCAAUGAAGAGUUAAACAUUGAAUUGUUUUUAACUGGCAUUCCUCUAAAUUCAUUCCUGCUGACUGUUCUAAUUUAUCAAUUAGUCAAAUCAUAAUUGGGAAAACAAUUAUAUAAACCAGUUCAGUUGUUACCUUGAGCCUUAUGGUUUCCAAUUGCUGGGAUGGGCAGGUUGGCUCUUUCUAUUUUCAGUCUGUUUGUGUUUUGUGGAGUUGUUUCCAAGUCUGUGGCUGAUCCUAGUCCUAAAUGGCAAAAUGAAAAUAUUGCAACAGAAAGCAGCAUGUCUCCUGUGGAAGUAUUUUUGAACAAUUGGACUGUAAAACCAAGGCAUGAUGGAGAGAUGGCUCAUGAAUUAUCAGAUCCACCAAAAGUGCACCCUGGAGACAAUUUGUUUCAAGUGUCUAUUGAAGUAAAGUUUGUUGGUGCAAAUUUCAAAGAAUUUGAAGAGAUGGACAAAAGAAUUUCAAGAUCACUUAAAAGACUGCUAAUGGAAAAACUUUCAACAUUUUCAACAUUUAAAGAGUUGUUCCUUCUAACUGUUAAGAGGAUCAAUGCUCCAGGCUUGGUCUUUGCCUAUUGGUCAUAUUUCAGUUCAGGGCAAGAAAAUGUCUACAUUUCCCUUGAGAAAAGAGUGAAGCAACUGUUAUCUGAAUCUGUAUCUAAUUUGCGCUAUGGAAAGGCUGUAGUAGUUUUGACAUCUAUUGAAGAUGUGGAUGAAUGUGUCUCUGGGCUUUCCAUGUGUGAUCCUGAAGCCAACUGUUUGAAUACUUUUGGUUUUUACUCUUGUCAAUGUACCAAGGGAUUCAAUGACCCAUCUUCAAUUGCUUCUGGCAUCAACUGUGUCAAGAAUGUGAAAUCAGAAACAGAAAGGCUUUCUUCUCAAUUCGUCUCUGCAUUGAAGAACUGUCACAUGACCAUUGAGGGAGACUCUGGUAAAUGUCUCACUGCAGUCUACCCUUGUAUGUUUGAAUACACAUGGUGCAACUGGACUGUUGCAGCAAGUCACUGGAAAGGUGUUGUAGUGCAAAUACACGGAUUCUCAUCACCAGAAGACUGCAACCAGAAUAGGGAUGAAAUUUGCAUUUCACAACAAAUUGUUCAGCAGGUGGCACAAGCCUGUCUCAACAAAACUCAAAACUUUGUCAAUAGUGUUUUAGCAGUGUAUGCCACCUUUGAGCAGGGGAGAUCAAACCAAGCUGAAAAGUGUUUCCAAGUUGAGUCUCACAUGUCAAAUGAGAUUCAGGCUUCUAGCUCUUCACUUUAUGCUGUGCUGAUGCUAUCUAAUUUUGGAAUAUCCCAGGAAAUUAAUGUUGCUCCUGACAGUGAAGCUGAUGAAAAGUCUAUCGUGAACCAGCCUAACAAUUUGAUCAGUGGUGAAGCUGCGGAACUGGUGUCUUGGAAUUGUGAGGGAAGGUGGAGUGAUGCUCAUUUUCAGCUGUUUGCCCAAUCAAUGGCUAAAAAACAGAGCGCUUGGAAAUCCACUGAGCAAAGUGACUACUUUCUGGUUUCCAGCCAUGGAGUGCAAGUAUCUGCUCAACAGCAUGCAUCAAAUUUAGAAUGUGUCCAUUUGUGGAAUUCUCUCUGUGCACUACCACUCAGUAGGAUCUCCCAAACACUUCCUUCCACUCAUUUUGAAUUCUCCAGUCUACUGAGACCAUCACUUUCCCAUGCAGGCUUUUCUGGAAGCACCCCUUCAGAGGAAAUGCAAUACAGAGGGAAAUCUGUGCAGUUAGAUAUAUCAGAAGGAAUCUCAAUGGAUCUCGUGAAAUCAUUUGACUCUGCAGACAGGUGGAUGGCACUGGAAAGUAAUCUUGUAUCUGAUGACUGGGUUUCACCUAGCUGGGAUGUAUUUGAAAAUCUUGGUAGUGGAAAUUUGGGCUAUAAAAGGAUGUUGCCAGUGGAAACAUUGCAGACAUAUAAAUACAUGCAAACCAAAACUGAUCAUAAUGAGCCAUGGGAGCCUCAGAGCUCAGUGCAAAUCAUCGAUGCUGGAAUGAGAGAAUCUGAAAUGAGCUACUCUGUUAGUCUGGAUCAAAUGGUACUCUCUUCAUUAACUCCCUCGUUUCAUGACCAUAUAUGGAUGAAAACUAAAUCCCAGAAUUUGUUUGUAGUUGAGGGUGGUUUGCAGACUUUGUACCAAACUGAUGAAACAGUGCCAUUGAUUGCACCAAGCCAUGUACACACAACAUUGGAAACAAACUCCAGUCUGGUGACUGGAAAUGAAUCCAGGAAUUCUGAAGUGCAGUGGCUAAAAACACAAAUGUUGAGUAGCAGGACUUUUAUUGAGCUAGUACAGCAGGAUACUGAAACUACUGAAAAGGAGGUUGAUAGGACCAGUUUACUUGGUGCUCAACAUACAAUUAAUCCAUCUAUUUCACAUCCACCUGUGUGGAUGACAUUAGUACCAAAACUUCAAAAUGAAGAUGUAGAAAGUACAGGUCACUUAUUGGAAGUUUCUGCCAGAGUGUACUUGGCAAAUGUUGUUUAUAAGAAUCUUCGUCAUCUGGAAAAACGGCUCCUGCAAUCUGUUCAGAACCUGAUUAUGAACAGUCUGAUGUCAUUUUACCCACCUCUGCAGAAAAUUCUCCCCAAAGGAGCCAAAAGGAUCAGUCCUUCAGGAUUCCAUUUUGUCUAUGAACUGCACUUUGGUCCAAAUGGAGAGAAUGUCCAACACACUCUACAGACGCAUAUGAACAGCUUGUCAAAUAAGUUGGUAGCUAACAUACAGAACGGACAAGUCCACUUGGUGUCAAUAACAGUGAAAGAUUCUGGUUUUAGGUUCUCGUUUGGCAUUAAGGAAAUCUUAACUGCAUCUGCUGUCGGAGCAUUCUUGCUUGUGUCAUUAGCACUAGCCCUCUGCUUUGUGAUAUUUAAAAGAUUGCACAAAAACUAUUUCAAAACUCAUAACCCAUAUGCAGCCAGUAUAUUGGGAAGAUGCUCAUCUUCAGAGGAAUUGGAAAGUGAGGAAUCAUUACUUACUGUGCGACAUGGAAGUGUAAAUUAUAUACCAUUCAGAAAAUUUCAACCAAUACCUGAAGAAGUGAAUGAUCAAGAAACUGAUUCUGAGAUGAUCAGUUCGCCUGCAAGAAAAACUUGGCCUGUUGUUAAGAUGUUUCCUUGAUGAAAGGAAUGACAGAAAUGGGAAAGAUGCAGAGAUUGUUUUGAAACUACAUGGGAAGAGUUGUGUGCAACACCUGGCAUUCCUUGAAUAAGAUGGCAAUAUUCUGUAUAGUUUUUGAGGCUGGUUGGGAUUAAGUGCUCAAUGUCUUCACUCCACUCUAUACACUUUUAUACAGCAAUACUAUUAAAAACCUAAAUGAUAGAAAGGAGCUGGGUUCCAUAUUUCUGUUCUUGUGCCAGUUCUUUGCAUUAAAGUGAAAGUAUUUGAACAUGUCUGAGCAAUGACUGAAAUCUGAUAUUCCGUCAGCUACGGACAAUUGAAGUCGCUCUGCUUUUGCUUUAGUUUUGUUGGUAACUAAAUCUUUUUAAUAUUUUUCUUCAACCAUUGGGUUUAAAGACAAAAGUUUUAUGGUGGAUCAUGGUGUAUGAAAGGCAAAAAUAAA